AUGCCCACCUCGCACGACUGGCAACCGCUCUGUAGUGAGCUCUCCGAACGAGAUGAUGACAUGCUGCUUCUGGGUAUGAAGGCCUUCAAGGCAUCCAGGAGCCAGCUCAUGCCCUGCACCGCGUGCGCCUCCGCCACCGUGCAUUUGAUGCGGUACAAGAUUCUGCUGUGUGCGUGCAAGCAGUGCAAGGCGGUGGCCCCGUUCGCGAAGUGCCCGUGGCGUGCCAAGGUGCUGAUCUGCCAAGAAUCGAAGACGGUGACCAUGAGUGAGCGUGGCAAGCAUUUCUCGGCGGCGAAUCCUCGCCGGAAGCCCACCAUCACACGGGCGCAACGCGCGUUCAUCCACGACAUGACGCGCGAGAACCUCACGCCGCUCCGCAUUCUGCAUGCGAUGUCGCGCAAAUUUGGACUGCGUCUAGAAGAUCUACCUGAGAUUCGCAAGGUGCAAAACUGUGUGAGCCACUACCUGCGCGCUAAGCUCGGCGGGAACGAUCGCGUUAGCGACGUCGCUACCCACGUGGCUGCGUAUUCCUUCACCGGCAGCGAAGCUGAGCAUGAUGCCUUUACCUUUACGCGCGACACGAAUGCCCGCGGCAAAUGCAUUACGGGGGACGGCUCGGACAAGCACCCUUUUGUUGUUGGCGUUACGACGAAGGUACUCCUGCGAUCGGCCAAGUGCGACCCGGCCUCCGUCAUUCUGCAUGUGGAUGCGACGUUUCAGCUGGACCGGCUCAGCUACCCAGUCAUCGUCGUCGGCCUCUCAGAUGGAUCGCGAGCGUUUCACCUUUUGGCUCUCUUCGUUACGUCGCAAUUGGAAGAGCGGCACUUUACCGAUGCAUUUGCCGCGUUGCGGACUGUGUACGCGCAAGUGGUUGGUGAGGCAAUGCGUGUGCGCUAUGUGAUGGCAGAUGCCGACGCUGCUCAAUUCAAUGCCGUACAGAGCGUGUUUGGGAUCGACUGCACGUACACGUAUCUCAUGUGUUUCUACCACGUGAUCGCAAAAGUACGGGUUGCCGUGAAGGAGCGCAUGAGUGGGGUUCACGGCGACGUGGUGGCCGAGGUCUACAGAGAUAUCUAUGAUCUGCACUUCUCGCUUACUGAAGCGGAGAACUUGACACGCAAUGAGAAAGUGCUGUUUGAGUGGAACAAGCGUCCCGAGCUGGACGCGUUCCGCAAAUACAUGAAGAAGCAGUUGAUGAAGGGGAAAUUUAGCAGCUGGCAGUGCUAUCUUACGCCUACGGGGUUCGCUACUACUAAUAACCCCUGCGAGACCUUCAAUCGCGCGUUCAAGCGUGACUACACGCAGAAGCGGAAGCUCAAGCUUGUGCUGCUGCUGCAGCAGAUGCGCGACUGCUGUAGCCAUCGGUCCAUGGCGGCCUUGCCGAUCCUGCAGCGGCGGAAGUCAGACAAGCUCCUCCAAGCUCGAGCAACGUCGCUGCGCACGGGCGGGUACCUCCGUGAGCACGUUCAUGAGCGCAGCAGCAUCGGCUUCUUGAUCGACGAUACUAACGAUGACAUUGUAAGGGUCCUGGCCGCGCAGCCGCCGCGGUUCUACGUUCCAUCACGCGGCCGGACUGAGAAAGCCGCCGAUGUCGCCGCCAGAUUCUCGGUGAACUACGCAAUGAUGGAGGUUGAGGCGCAGCCAAGCACCGGGUGGCCCGUGGAUAUCACGGCCGGGCAUUGUCCGUGCGAUACCACGCAAAGAUGA